UGUACAAGAAUAUAAGCAAACUCCUAAGUUCACCCAUUUUCUGAAUGUAAAAAAUGUGUGAAGUGUAUACAAUCAAUUGCAAAAUUAAACAUGAAUUGUAAUAAUUGAAAAUCUGAAACUGAUGAUUUAGGGUUGUGCUGCACACCAUCAGAUCUACUGCUUGAGUGAUUAUGGUGUAAUAGUACUUUGGACCCCAUUAUACUCUUGUCACCUUUUGUACCACACUGGGUCAAAACAUCAACGAAAAAAAAACCAGCCCACCAAACAUGCAAACAAACAACUCCAGCACCCCCAAAAACCCAACAAGCAAACAAAGGGUUCACUGCAUUUUGUUUCGCUACUCUGCUGGCCUAUUUUUCUAGGGGGGUUAAUACAAGUGUACAUGUAUGUGUGUAUAUAAUUGAUGUGAAAUGAAAGCUUUAAAUGACAACUUCUUUCACUGUGGUAUAAAGUUAUUUCAAGGCUACCUAAACGACAAUAUGCAUUAUAUUAGCCUAACCAAGUGGACACGGUUGAAUUUGUUUUUUCUAUAGCCUGAAAACGUCAUCAGGGGGAAAAACGGAUAUUUCCAAAUCGCGUUUCGCAAUCAGGGUCAAUAAAUAUAGCGCAGACGCCAUCACGGGCAAAAACCCGGCGGAUAUUUCCAAAUCGCGUUUUGCGAUCGGGACGCGACGGCUUCCUACCAACUCCAGCCAGCAACCGACCCUAAAGUGAUAGAGAGAUCUACUUUAGAAUUUGUUGACCAAAAGGAACUUUCAUCCCGUCUUUCAGAGACAAAGUAAGGACAGGAUCGAGUUGUACGAUGAAAAAGCUUGAACUGAUUACGUGUCGGAAAGUAUAUAGCGUCGUCAUUCUUGGACUACUACUGUUGGCCUAUUGUUUCGCAUGUUACCAUACAGGCCUAAUUGAUACCCGUCUGGUGAUUCCACAACCGCUAGCACGCCGCAAGAACUCCACGGACGGUCCUCCAGUGGAGGAUGCAAUAAGAACCCAUGUGUUUCAGAUAGGCGACACAGCCAGAUCGCUCUACAGUGACACCCUCGGUAAACUCCCAACGAAUCCACAGUAUCACAGGCGCUGGGAUGUCAACUGCUCUGCCAUUUUUGCCGGAAGUGAAAGAGUUAUCACGAGUGUGAGCAAACAAUUGCUGCAGGAGCAACAGGAACAAUCGUUGAUGCCUUCGGAUAGCAAAGUGGUGACGUGGACGAAUGACUGUACAUUAUACAAGAAACAGAGAGGGUAUCCUACGACACCCAACUCGGACGAAGAGGCAGGUUUCCCGUUGGCAUAUAUCCUUGUGGUUCACACGGGAGCGGCCCAGGUGGAGAGACUAUUGAGGGCGAUUUAUCAGCCGCAGAACGUAUACUGUCUUCACCCGGAUUCAAAAUCACCCAGGGAGUUCCAUCAAGCAAUAGCCGGCCUCGCAAACUGCUUCGACAAUGUGUUCAUAGCUUCUAAACUUGAAGAUGUUGUGUACGCCGGCGUCACUCUGUUGUUGACGAAUAUCAACUGCAUGAAGGAUCUGACUGGUCGAUCCGCAUCUGGCCACCCGUGGAGAUACGUGAUGAACCUAUGUGGGCAAGACUUCCCCUUGAGGACAAACCUGGAGAUUGUCGGGCAGUUAAAGGCGCACAACGGCCAGAACGAAAUCCAAUCGUCUGUUCCAGACAAGCGUAAGAGUAGAAGAACUGAGUUUAAAUUCAUCCUGCGAAACAAAUCGAUCGUCAGAACUAAAAGUAGAAAUGGUCCUGCGCCACACCAACUCAAGUUGUACAGUGGUUCAGCUUACUACGCUGUCACCAGAGACUUCGUCCGCUACAUCUUAAGUGAUCCAGUCGCCAUAGAUUUUCUAGAUUGGACCAGAAACACGCACAUGCCGGAGGAAACUUACUGGGCUACUCUUCAACGGGCACCGGGCGUUCCAGGAGGGAAUUACAGAGCAGACCCACAAAUCAGACCGUUCAGUGUCCGUUAUGUCCUUUGGUACACGAGAGCGUCCCCGCAUAAAUGUCGAGGCAAAUACAUCCGUAGGGUCUGCGUCUUCACAAUCGGAGAUAUACACUAUGUUCAACAGCAACCGCAUCUAUUUGCCAAUAAGUUCUACUACGACUACGAUCCAGUGAGCUUGCAGUGCCUCGAGGAGGCGCUGGAGUUUAGAGUUCGUCACUCCGAGGAGUCCGACAAAUAAGCUAAGAUUUCUAGUCUGAACACGAAACAAUUCCCGACCCCGAGCUCCUGCUCGAAUUGAAGACUACUGAGUUGCAGGCCUUACGAUGGAUUUUACAAAUUUGGGCAACAUUCAAUUCCACUUGAAUGUCUAUAAGACAAUGAGAAAUGAUAUAGUAAAGUUCCCCAAAUAUAAACGCACGCUAUUUCCUGAGUGAUGUUUCCGUUAUACUCAAAUUCAUGUUGAGCUGUUGUCCAAUGGUGUCUUUAAAAAGUACGUGACUACUGGUAUUUUACACUUGCCAAGGAUGACUGAGCAAACAUGGCCUCUAUGAAAGGGGUCAAAAUCAGCACUGUGACAAGGUAAUAGUACACAAUGGGAAAAUGGUGAUAGGGACAAUGAUUAGGUGCUUCAGUGAAGGAAUGAAACAAUCUUUCUGAACACUCAAAUCUUUUCAAUUCAGGAAAAAUGUUACAACAUGACGCCACUUCCACGAUUGUGUACAAAGUCUGUGGAGAGUCAAGAAAAUGUUUGUAUUUCCUAAC